AUGAGAAGACGGUUGUUGACUGAUGUGACACUGGAAAUGGCGAGCAUGCAUGUAUGUGUUUUAAAAUGCAACUUGUGUGAAAAAUCAAACUUUUACUUCAAACACAGAUUGAAAUGCAUACACUUGACUCCACUUCCAAGAUUUGAGAACAACCAUCCUUACCACCAUCAUUCUUCUUCUCAUCCUCUCUCUCAAGAUGGAGUAUUAAAAUCAGGUUAUAGUCGUUUAGGUUUCAAAUUACUCAAAAAAGAUCCAAUUUUGCAAUCUGCUCGUUCGGCCGGAUUCAAAGUUGUAGAAUAUGAUCUUCCCGCUUAUCCUGUUCGUCAAUUGGCCGGAGUUGCAAAUGAAUUACUCGCAUUCAUGAUCGCAUCCACUGUUGUUUGUUAUUUCUUAUAUCACUUUGUUGCCAAAACACCUUUCUUACGUCAAGCUUGCGUCGGUGGAAUGAUUGCAACUUUACUCGCUUGGCCAAUCGUUACAGGUCAAAGCGGUAUCAUGUUAUUGGAUUUCUGGAAACCAGCUUUAGGUUUCAGAUCUUGCUUGUUGGUUUGGGAUAUCUUUAACAUUCGUACAGAAGAAGAAGUAAAGAAUUGGUCUCCACCUAGAUUCUUUUGUCAUUUGUGGGCAUUCCCCAAAGAAGAGGAGGAAAUCGCCGAACGUGCAGAAGAAGAAGGUUACAAGCGCAAUGCAAUUUGGGAAAACGCAAAAGGUUUACCAAAAGUCUUUUUGGAAGGUGUUUUGUUGCUGUUGACCUUAUACGUCAUUCCACCAUUUGAGCUUACACGCAACAUGAGCCAAUUUGCAUACCACUGCUACUGUGAUGCUCUUGGUUUCUGCAUCUUGAUGGCUUUGGCCCUGUUCGGAGAUGGUCUUUUGAAACUUAUCGGAAUGGCUUGCAAUGUCGAAAUGGCAGACAUGUUUGAAAACCCAUUGGGAACUGUUAAUAUUCGCUUGUUCUGGUCUCAUUGGAACCGUGCAAUCGCAACUGUUUUGCAUCGUGUCGUUUUUGGCGGUGGUCGUAAUUCAAAAUCUUCACUCAAAGCCAAAAAGAAGGCACAGAAAUUAGACUCUGCCAACAAAUUGGUAAACGGACAAGUUGCAGCUGCUCAAAGACGUCAUUUGGAUCAUUUGAGUGAAACGGAAGCAGAAGGUGGACGAACAGAAGAUGAAGAAGAUCAAAAGCGUGCUGGCAGACGUGCACGUCAACAAGGCUUGACGAUGACCUCUUCUCCUUUGGCAAAAGGAAACGGUACUGAAGAAAAGACAAACGGAAGGCCAAACGGAAACGCAUCAGGAAGCUCAAAACCACGUUCACCCUUUUUGCCCAAAGCAGCUGCCGCAAUCGCCACUUUUGCCAUGUCUGGUAUUUUCCAUGAAUGGAUCACUGCGAUGACAUUGCACUAUGCAUCAGGAGAAAAUUUCUUAUUCUUCGUUUUGAAUGGUGUUGCAACAGUUGUUUCUACUUGGUUCAGAAGAUCGUUCCCUGAACUAAACGCAAAGAUUCCAACAUUGGUUGCCGUUUUGUUAUUGCAUGCUUUCUUCUUGGCCGUGAUCCCACUCUUCUGUGCACCUUUCAUUCAACGUGGAUUCUUUAUGCAAUUGGAAGGUCUCAAAUAUGAAUUACUACCUUGGCAAUCACGCAAACGUGGUAGUUUCAUCUACUUGUUCGGUCAAUAA